CCUCUUUGAGAAGUACGCACCUCUAUUACUGAGAUUUUGUUUGUAGCGUACUUAUUACAGUUUACACCGUCUACUACUACACCAGCACUGCUCAACUCAAAUAUAAUUAUCACAGAUAGGACCCUAAUUAAGUAAUUAAUGCCUUGAAUAUAUAUUCUCAUAUACGCAACUUUUUAUAUAAGCACAUACAUCUCGAUACAGUUCUUGGAUAAUCUGCAAUUUUCAUCUGCCAAAAUGAAUAAAUAUUUACAUAAAGUCUUAAAAGAAAACAGACAACUUCUUGAAACCAAUUUAGUCCCUGAGCCUGUGAUUGAAUGCAUGUUGGAGACUUCUGCCCUUACACCUGAUGAUCAAGAAGAGUUAGAGCAAGAGGAUGAAAGAAAGACCAAAGUGAAGAAAUUAUUGAAAAUGGUUGAAAAGAAAGGCAUCAAAUGUUUUGAAUCAUUUCUGGAUGCUUUGGUUCGCACCGACAAUACCAACUUAGCAAAUGUACUGAAGGAAAGUAGGAAAGUUCCCACAACAGAUUUUGAUGAUGAAAACAGAAAGUCACUACCACAUCUAGAAAGUAUUGACUCCCUCAGCCAGACAUUUAUCUUACACAAUGAAGACCACACACUUGGCAAUGCAUUACGUUAUGUUAUCAUGAAAGAUCCUAGAGUGGAAUUUUGUGGAUAUGGUGUACCUCAUCCCUUUGACAAACAGAUAAAUUUCCGGAUACAAAGCAAAGUUAUUCCUGCUGUGGAAGUUUUAGUUGAUGGACUUAACAAUUUAGAUGCUUUAUGUAAAAUUGUUCUGGAUGAAUUUGAGGAAAGUGUGAAUACAUACAAGAGCAGUCAACAGGAAUAAAAAAAAAAACAGAUUGUGUGUGAGUGUGUGUCUCUAAUUAGAUGAUGUAUGCUGUUAAUUAGAACAUUUAUGUGUAUUAAAUUAGUUAAUUUACAAAAAGUUGUUUGUGUUUUGUCAAAAUAAAAACAGUCUGAAAAUUCCUUACAGG